AUGGGUUCUGUAGUGCUCAAGUCGCUCUCGGUGCUCCUCGGCAUAUUCUUCGUUUUUGUCGGCACCAUGAAGCUGACUUCGCACAUCAGCAAGGACUUGCACAAGGACCUGAGAAAGGAAUAUGUCAAGUACGCAAAAGUAUUCCCGCUUUCGGGAACACUUGACUUUAAGGUGCCCAGCAAAUGGUAUCGGAGAGUCGUCGGCUCGCUCGAGAUUAUCUGCGGCCUCGCCAUGGCGAUUAUUCCAAGUCACAAAGUUAAAAACUUAUCGAACACAGUGCUACUUCUUUUGAUGCUGAUGGCCGUGUAUUCUCAUUACAUGGUUAACGACAAAUUCGAAAGGAUCGCCCCGGCACUGGUAUUCUUCUUUAUGCUGACGGGGCGAUUGGUGAUCGAUUGGCAGCUCAGGCGAGGAAACGCGCAAUCGGUGACGGCGAACGGUGUCGAUGACAGAGCUAAGAAGCAAGACUGAGUGGGAUUACAGUUGGAGAACGUGUUACCUGUUUUCACUUUAAAUCUCUUAAUUCUGCGAUUUCAUUUCUGGGACACUGAUUCUGAGAAAGAUUAAUUUAUUUAUAUAUAGACUCUUGUUCCCAUUUUUUCAAAAAUAAAAAAUAACAUUUUCUCUUAAG